UCGCCCCGUUGCUGUCCCCAUGGGGGAUGACAUCGACUGGCUGGACCUGCCGGGCAGGUGGACCUACGGCGUCUGCGGGGAUGGACGCGUCUUCUUCAUCAAUGAUGAGACCAAGUCCACGAGCUGGGUGCACCCCAGCACAGGCUACUCCAUCCAGAGCGGGCACUUCUCCUGUGCUGGGCUGCCCCGAGGCUGGGAGGUGGACACCACAGUGCACGGGGGCUUCUACUUCAUCAACCACAAUGAAAGGCGGAACACGUUCCUGCACCCAGUGACGGGACAGGUCCCCGAGGACACCUCAAGACUUGACCCGCACAACCCCACCUCGGACAUGUCCAGCAAAGCGGGGAGCAAGCGAGCGGCGCCCGUCACCAGCGAGCCCCAAAACCACACCAUGGUGGCCGAGGGGCCCCCGGAGCGCCCCGGAGGCCGGGUGGGUGCCCGGGGCCGUGGAGCACGUCAGGGAGCAACGGAGCCAGGGAGCAGGGCCCCCCCCCCGGCACUGAGCAGCUCCUCUGCCCCUCUGCAGGCAUCGCGCUCCUCCCGCAAGGGCAUCGCCUUCGGGAAGCGCUCCAAUUCCAUGAAGAGGAACCCCAAUGCCGCUGUCACCAAAAGCGGGUGGCUCUACAAGCAGGCCAGCUCGGGGGUGAAGCAGUGGAACAAGCGCUGGUUCGUGCUGGUGGAUCGCUGCCUCUUCUACUACAAAGAUGAGAAGGAGGAGAGCAUCCUGGGCAGCAUCCCGCUCCUCAGCUUCCGCGUGGCAGCCGUGCAGCCCUCGGACAACAUCAGCAGGAAGCACACGUUCAAGGUGACGGUGUGCUGGGUGGAGGAGAUGCCGGCAAGUAACGGGCAGUCCCUGUCUCCCCAGGCCGAGCACGCUGGCAUCCGGACCUACUUCUUCAGCGCUGAGAACACAGAGGAGCAGGAAUCCUGGAUCCAAGCCAUGGGCGAAGCCGCCCGGGUGCAGAUCCCCCCGACACAGAGACACGAGAAGCCAGACUCUGAGAACAUCCCCCCCAGCAAACACCACCACCACCACCACCACCACAACACCUCCCACCGCGAGCACCCCAAAGCUGACCCCGACACCAAGACCCGGGGCGAAGGCGACGGCCGCGGCUCGGAGAAGAUGGAGAGGAAGCCGGAAAGGAUGGAGAGCAAGAAGGAGCCUUUGGCCAAAGCCAACGGCAUCGCGGGGCCGGAGAUGCCCUCGGAGCCGGGCAGCCCUUACCCCGAAGCGCCGCGGGUGCCGGCGGAGCGGCCACCACAGCCCAAUGGCUGGCUGUACCCGUCCCCCAGCCGCCCCGGCAGCACCGCCUUCCCCCCCGGCGAUGGGGACAGUGCGGCCCCGCGCCGCAGCAUCGCUCCCCGCACCAACCAUGAGAAGCUGGCGCAGCGCAAGAGCUCCAUGACGCAGCUGCAGCAAUGGGUGAACUCGCGCCGUGGGGCUGUGCCCCCCGAGGAGCUGAGGAGCCCCACCAGGUUUUACCCCAUGUCUCGCCGGGUACCCGACUACUAUUCCCCCUACUCACCCCAGUACCCCGAGGACUACCAGUACUAUCCCCCCGGCGUGCGCCCCGACAGCAUCUGCUCCAUGCCAGCCUACGAGCGGGUGAGCCCGCCCUGGGCACUGGAGGACAAGCGCCAUUCCUUCCGCAAUGGAGGCACCUACCAGCUCCGUGACUGGAAGGAGCAUCCCGGCUUCGGCCGCCAGGAUGUCCCGCUCUGGCUGCCCGGGCCUGGGAGGCAGCCAGCCUACCUGGAUGAGGUGGAUGCAGCCUCGGGCUCGCUGCGGCGCAUGUCCCUGCAGCCCCGGUCCCACUCCGUGCCCCGCUCGCCCAGCCAAGGUUCCUAUGCCCGGGCACGGGUUUACUCCCCGGUGCGCUCGCCCAGUGCCCGCUUUGAGCGCCUGCCGCCCCGGGGAGAGGAGAUUUACGCUGACCCCACCACCUUCAUGAUGAGGAGAUCCAUCAGUUCUCCAAAGUAUGACUAUCUGGGGGACAGACGGCCCGUCCCUGCGGGAAUGUACCCGUACCACUACCCAGCAUCACCCACCAUCCACGACAAGAUGGAUGAACUUUUAGACCUUCAGUUGCAAAGAAACCUAGAGUAUUUGGACCAGCAGAUGAGCGAGAGCGAAACCCUCAUCAGUAUGGUGAACAGGAUGGUGGAGACCUCCUCCCCUAGGGCUCAGCUCUACAUGCAAGUGACCCCCUUCCCGGAGGCCUACAGGGAGACAGUGCACACCUACAAGAUCAGCGAGCAAGACACCGAUAAGCUGCUGGGGAAGCUCUGUGAGCAGAACAAGGUGCUGCGGGAGCAGGAGAGGCUGGUGCAGCAGCUCCGAGCAGAGAAGGAGAGCCUGGAGAGUGCCCUGAUGGGGACACACCAGGAGCUGGAGAUGUUUGGGAGCCAACCUGCCUACCCAGAGAAGCUGCUGCACAAGAAGGAAUCCCUCCAGAACCAGCUCAUCAAUAUCCGUGUGGAGCUGUCCCAGGCCAGCACGGCCCUGGCAAACAGCACUGCUGAGUACGAGAGCCUGGAGAGCGAGGUGUCCACCCUGCACGAUGACCUCUGGGAGCAGCUCAACCUGGACAUCCAGAACGAGAUGCUGAACCGGCAGAUCCAGAAGGAGAUCUGGCGGAUCCAGGAUGUGAUGGAGGGGUUGAGGAAGAACAACCCAUCCCGCGGCACGGACACGGCCAAGCACAGAGUGGCCAUGGGCCCCUCAGGAACGUACAGCUCCAACAGCCCCGCCAGCCCCCUGAGCUCCGCCAGCCUCACCAGCCCCCUCAGCCCCUUCUCCCUCGUCUCUGGCUCCCAGGGAUCGCCCACGAAGCCAGGACCUGGUGAGCCCAAGCCAAGCUUUGAGCAGAGCAAGAAGGAUGCUCAGCGACCAGCACCCCCUGGUCCCCAGGCCGAGGGGCUCCGGCAGGAGCAGGAGGCAGAGAAGCAGGCAGCUCUCAACAAGGUGGGCAUCGUGCCCCCCAGGACCAAGUCUCCAGCAGAGGAGGAGGUGAUGCCAGCGGCUGGAGUGCCACGGAGGAGCAGUGGUGGCAUGGCCAACGGGCUCGGCUCCAAGGAGAGACCCAAGAGCGCUGUGUUCGCCAACGAGACGAAGGUGAAGAUGAGUGUGGAGGAGCAGAUCGACCGCAUGAAGCGGCACCAGAGCGGCUCCAUGAAGGAGAAGCGGCGCAGCCUGCAGCUCCCUGGCACCCAGCAGCCCGAGCCCCCCAGCACGAAGGCACCCGCUUCAUAUAAAGUGGUGCGCCGGCACCGCAGCAUCCAUGAGGUGGACAUCUCCGACCUGGAGGCAGCGCUGCGCUCCGAUGACCCCAGCAAGGUCUAUGAGACCCCCCAGGAGGAGAUCGCCCGCCUGCGCAAGAUGGAGCUGGAGCCACAGCACUACGAUGUGGACAUCAACAAGGAGCUCUCCACACCGGACAAAGUGCUCAUCCCCGAGCGGUACGUGGAGCUGGAGCCGGAUAUGCCCCUCAGCCCCGAGGAGAUGAAGGAGAAGCAGAAGAAGGUGGAAAGGAUCAAGACCCUCAUUGCCAAAUCCAGCCUGCAGAACGUCAUCCCCCUGGGCGAGGAGCUGGAUGCUCCCCAGGACCCCGAGACCCAGCUGCAGGAGCAGGAGAAGAGGAUCGAGAUCUCCUGUGCUCUGGCUGCCGAGGCCUCGCGCCGGGGCCGCAUGCUCUCGGCUCAAUGCGCUACCCCCAGCCCUCCCACCUCCCCAGCCUCCCCGACUCCACCGACCAACCCCCUCUCGUCUGAAACACCCCGCGGCGCCGACAACAGCCAUUUUAUGCGUGUCUGAGCCAUGAACUCAAGCCCUGGCUGCUGCCGGCUCUAUCAAGUUCCACGGGGCCACAUUUUAGCCCCCGACACGACACCAAAUCUCUCGCCAUCGUCUUCGGUUCUCCUGGACCCCCCUUUCUCUCCCAUGGAUGGCGAGUGGGAAGAUG